GGCUCUUUUAUUGAGAAUCGAUGUCUUCUUCUGGGUAAUUGAUCACCAUAGACCCAGGGACACUUGACUCAUCGUUGAGGAAGAGUGAUCAUCAUGAAUAAUCAAAAAGCUGUAGCUACACUACUGCAAGAGUGCAAGCAAGUGCUGGACCAGCUCUUAUUGGAGGCGUCAGAUGUGUCGAAGGAGGACAAGAGCGAGGACCAGCAGUGCAGAGCUUCACUCCCCAGCGAGUUAAGGACCCUGAUCCAGGAGGCAAAGGAAAUGAAGUGGCCCUUCGUGCCUGAAAAGUGGCAGUACAAACAAGCUGUGGGCCCAGAGGACAAAACAAACCUGCAGGAUGUGAUUGGCGCCGGGUUGCAGCAGUUACUGGCGUCCCUGAAAGCCUCCAUCCGCGCCCGCGACUGUACCACGGCGGCUGCCAUUGUGUUCUUAAGCGACCGCUUCCUGUACGGGCUCGACGUCUCCGGCAACCUCCUGCAGGUCGCCAAGGGGCUCCACAAGUUGCAGCCAGCAACGCCCAUUGCCCCGCAGGUGGUGAUUCGCCAAGCCCGAAUCUCGGUCAACUCAGGGAAACUUUUAAAAGCAGAGUAUAUCCUGAGCAGUCUAAUAAGCAACAACGGAGCAACAGGUACCUGGCUGUACAGAAAUGAAAGCGACAAGGUCCUGGUGCAGUCAGUCUGCAUACAGAUCAGAGGGCAAAUUCUGCAAAAGCUAGGGAUGUGGUAUGAAGCAGCAGAGCUAAUCUGGACCUCCAUCAUAGGAUAUCUGACACUUCCUCAGCCAGAUAGAAAGGGUAUUUCCACAUCACUAGGUAUACUGGCAGACAUCUUUGUUUCCAUGAGCAAAAAAGAUUAUGAAAAGUUUAAAAACAAUCCACAAAUUAACUUGGGUUUGCUGAAGGAGUUUGACCACCAUUUGCUCUCAGCUGCGGAAGCCUGCAAACUGGCAACUGCCUUCAGUCCCUACACGCCCCUCUUUGUGCUCUCCGCUGUGAAUAUCCGUGGCACAUGCUUGUUGUCCUAUAGUAGUUCUAAUGACUGUCCUCCAGAAAUGAAAAAUUCAUAUCUGUAUGAAGCCAAAGAGGCCUUCGAAAUUGGCCUCCUCACCAAGAGAUAUGAUGAACCAGCUACUGGAAAACAAGAGCUUCAUAGUCUUCUCAAAGCUGCUUUCGGCCUUACCACAGUGCACCAAAGACUCUAUGGGGAGACCAAGAUGGUCCAUGUAGCAAGUCAGCUCUGUAAUGAAGCUAUGGGAAAGCUGUACCGUUUCAGUGCUUCCUCUGGAAGUCAGGAGAGAGAAGCUCUCUCUCAGCAGAUCUUGUCUAUUAUCACCCAGGUAAAGGAUCAUUUACAAAUUCAAGGCUUCUCAAAUUUAGAUGACAAGUCUUAUGUUCCAGAGAGUUUCAAGCGUGGGUUGGAUAAACCCAUCUUUCAUGGGCAAGUGGAUUUCCAAAAAAUCCUUGAAGCCUAUUCACAGCAUCAUACUUCAGUGUGUGAAGUAUUUGAAAGCUCUUGUGGAAACAACAAAAAUAAACAAAAAGAUACAAAAACAGGAGUCUGUAUCACUACUCUAAAAACAGAGACAAAAAACAUAGAUACUGUGUGUACUACUGAAGACAAAUCACAUUUUCAAAAAAGCAUGGUAAUAUCUUCCUCCCAAAUGGCUAAGAAUAGUCAGGAGAAACUCAGCAGGAUAGGCAGGAAAAACUGGACCCAUUCUGAUGCAUUUCGAGUCUCCUUGGAUCAAGAUGUAGAGACUGAGGUUGAGUCACCAGACCACAGCCACGGUGAAGAAGCUGUUUUGGACAAGUCUCUGAGUGACAGCCAUUGCUCUAGUUCUUGGAGCAAGUUAUCAGGGGUUAGUUCUUCUACAAGCUGGGAGGAAGUGAAUUAUAUCGAUGAUAGGUCAACCAGAAAAGAGCCUUGCAAGGAAGAACAUCUUGUGGAUACUCAGUGUUCCACUGCCCUGUCUGAAGAGCUAGAGAUCAAUGAGGAAAGCAGAGCUGUACAUCCACUGUCUUCAGAGCUUCAUGGUCUCUCUCUCCAAGUAUCCAAGGAUGACAGUGUAGAGUUUUCUCAAAGUCACCUACACAAACACAUGCCCUUAACAACCUUCUGCCCUCAUAACACAACAGGCAUGUUCUUGGCCUCUGGUGCAGGCCUGUUAGCAGGAGCUCCAGAAGGUGUGCAAAAGGUUAGAAACAUGGGAUCCAGAAACACUUCUGGUCAUUCCAGCCCCUCAUUUGGUUCUGCUUCUUUGCCAUCUUCUGAUUCUGGUUGGCCCAAGAACAUAGCCACAUAUCCUUCAGUUCGAGAAAAAGAAACCUUUGGACUAAGUGAAUUUCCAGAAAUCAACUGUGAUGCCAAAGACAGGCAUGGGGAAGAAAUCAAAAGAGGGACAGGCCUUACAUUUAAAGAUAGCUCCUCCUGGGUUGACCCAGAAGGAGAAACAGAGGAAAAAGAAGAGGGUAUGCCCUUAGACUCUCACGUAGUCAUGGAGGGUUCUCUGGGCAAAAGUUCUGCGAUGGCAUGUAGCUCUUUCACUCUUCAUUGGCCUGUUCAAAAUCCUGACUCAGGAAAGAGCAGCGGCUCAGUCAAAGAGCAGAACAUUGACCCUGAUGCCUCUACAGUGGAUGAAGAGGGCCAACUGCUCGACAGCACUGAUGUUCACCCCACAAAUGGGUGUGGCUCUUCGAGCCUAUGUUCCCUGAGGCAGCUGCGUGGUUGGGGGGCUGAGACCCCUGACCCAUCUGUAAGCAGUAAUAUUGCCUUCCGUGAUCUUAGCAAGGACUGCACUACCACAGAAGAAGGAAACGAACCAGGAAACAUGCUAAACUGCAGCCAGAACUCCAGCUCGUCCUCAGCGUGGUGGUUGAAAUCACCUGCAUUUUCCAGCGGUUCUUCUGAGGGGGAAAACCCAUGGUCCUUUCUGAAUUCCAGUGGAAGUUCUUUUGUUUCAUUGCCAGGAAUGAUAAGGCAAGAGAUCCUAGAGGCUCGAACCCUGAACCCUGAUGACUUUGAAAAACUCUUGGCAGGGGUGAGCCAUGAUUGGCUGUUACAGAGACUGGAGAAUACAGGAGUUUUUAAGCCCAUUCAACUCCACCGAGCACACAAUGCUCUUUUAUUAAAAUAUUCUAAAAAAUCAGAAUUAUGGACAGCCCAAGAAACUGUUGUAUAUUUGGGGGACUACCUGAAUGUGAAGAAGAAAGGCAGACAAAGAAAUGCUUUUUGGGUUCAUCAUCUUCACCAAGAAGAAACUCUGGGGAGAUAUGUUGGGAAAGAAUAUAAGGAGCAGAAGGGGCUCCAGCACCACUUCACUGAUGUGGAACGUCAAAUGACCGCACAGCACUACGUGACAGAGUUUAACAAGAGGCUUUAUGAACAAAAGGUUCCAACACAGAUCUUCUAUAUCCCAUCCACAGUAGUACUGAUUUUGGAAGGCAAGACAAUAAAGGGAUGUAUCAGUGUGGAGCCUUACAUACUGGGAGAAUUUGUAAAGUUAUCAAAUAACACGAAAGUGGUUAAAACAGAAUACAAAGCCACAGAAUAUGGCUUGGCUUAUGGCCAUUUUUCCUACGAGUUUUCUAAUCAUAGAGAUGUUGUAGUCGAUUUACAAGGUUGGGUGACUGGUAAUGGAAAAGGGCUCAUCUAUCUGACAGAUCCCCAGAUUCACUCUGUUGAUCAGAAUGAUGUCCCUACCAAUUUUGGAAAGAAAGGAAUUUUUUACUUUUUUAAUCACCAGCAUGUGGAAUGUAAUGCAAUAUGCCAUCGUCUUUCUCUGACAAGACCUUCAGUUGAGAAAUAA